AUGGUUGGCGAAAGUAUUGCCGUUGGAGUCAUUGGGGCAACUGGCAAGACGGGCCAGUCUGUGGUCGAUGGUUUGCUUAGCUCCGAUCUCAAUUUCGUUGUUACCUCCUUCACUCGAAAAUCAUCGGUUGGUAGCGCGGCAAAUCAGAAGCUGAAGGACAAGAGCGUCGGGGUUUCGGGCUAUGACCCAGAUGGCCCGAGAGAGACACUUGCCGCCCAACUGAGAGGCAUUGAUGUUUUGAUUUCCUGUAUAACCUGGGAACAUCUUCAUCAACAACUGAAUUGGAUCGAUACAGCUAAAGCGGCUGGCGUGAAGCGUUUUGUACCCUCAGAGUGGGUUGGGCCAGCACCCAGGGGUGUGAUUGACAUCAAAGACCAGGAAUUAGAAAUUCUCGGUGCUAUCCAGAGAGCGGGGUUGCCAUACACCAUUAUUGAUGUCGGUCGCUGGUUCCAGGUCUUUGUUCCCAAGAUACCUUCUGGCAGAUCAGAUCAUGCGCACAUGAAGUACAUUGACCAUCGCAUUGUAGAAGAUGGGAACCAACGUUUUGCAUUGACAGACAUGGCAGACGUUGGAAAGUAUGUUGCACAAAUCAUCGGAGAUGAUCGAACUCUCAACAGACGUGUUCUAGCAUAUACCGAGGUUCUGAGCAUGAACGGCAUAUGGGGCACGAUGGCUACAAUCAGCGGCGAAGAGCCCCCAAAAGACUACGUCUCUGAAGCCGAGCUACACCAAAUCAUUGAGACCUCUGGCGGGAGGCUUAAGGAAAGUUCUGAGGGGUUAACACAUCCAAGCAACAUCAUGGACAUUGCCCAAUACAACAUGGGACAGUACCGCCUUUCUUGGUGCGUUAGAGGGGACAAUACACCGGAGUACGCUGAUUACUUGGGAUACUUGGACUUUUGGAAGCUCUUCCCAGAAUUUGAGAAAGGCAGAACUCUUGAACAAUUCUUUCUACACAUAAUCAACGGAGGGUCACCAGGAUAUGUCAUGGCAUAG